CACCACCACCACCACUUUCUUCUUCUCCUUCUUCUCCCACCUAAAACCUCUCUCAAUCAUUCUCUCUCCAAAUCCCUAAAACCCAAAAAACACCACAACAGAUCCAAAUUUAUAUAUAUACAACCUAAACCCUGAAGUCGCAUGACCUUACGAAGCUUAAUCCUUGAGAUGCGCUCGAGGUCGCAUCGUGUGGUCCACGACCUUGCCUCCGCGGCCAACUCAACUCCCGCCUCAUCUGAAUCUAAUCGCUGGUCUGAUAUCCCUGAGGAGCUUCUCAGAGAGAUUCUCAUCAGGGUCGAAGCUGCUGACGGUGGAAGUUGGCCGUCGCGACGCAGCGUGGUGGCUUGUGCUGGAGUCUGCCGUGGAUGGCGGAUGCUUAUGAAUGAAACUGUCUCUGUCCCUGAGAUCUCAUCUAAAUUGACUUUCCCCAUCUCUCUCAAGCAGCCUGGUCCAAGGGAGUCUCUGGUUCAGUGCUUCAUCAAACGUAACCGAGCUACCCAAUCAUAUCAUUUGUAUCUUGGAUUAACCAACUCAUUAACUGAUGAGGGGAAGUUUCUUCUAGCUGCGAGUAAGGUGAAGCACACGACUUGCACUGAUUAUAUUAUUUCUUUGCGUUCUGAUGAUAUGUCAAGGAGAAGCCAAGCUUAUGUUGGCAAAGUCAGAUCAAACUUCCUAGGAACAAAAUUCACAGUUUUUGACGGAAAUUUACUUCCCUCAUCAACGUCAACGGGACCCGCGAGGCUGAGAAAGAAUCGAUCUUAUAAUCUCGCAAAAGCUUCAGUUAAAGUUCCCCUUGGAAGCUACCCUGUCUCUCAUAUAACAUACGAGUUGAAUGUCUUAGGCUCCAGGGGACCAAGAAAGAUGCAAUGCGUAAUGGAUACAAUACCUACAAGUGCAAUGGAGCCUCGAGGAGUAUCUUCAGAGCCAUCAGAGUUUCCUUUCCUCGGUGGUACUACUCGGUCAACUUUCUCCAGGUCUCAAUCAAAACCAUCACGUAGCGGCUCAAGCCACCUGAGAGAGACACCAUUAGUGCUGAGCAACAAGACACCGCGGUGGCAUGAGCAGCUACGUUGCUGGUGCUUGAACUUCCAUGGCCGCGUCACAGUGGCUUCAGUUAAGAACUUUCAGCUGGUUGCAGCAGCAGCAGCAGCAGCAGCUAGCAGUGGUGGUGAGGGAUUGUCACCGGAGAGGCAGAACGAGCGGAUAAUACUGCAGUUUGGGAAAGUUGGGAAAGAUAUGUUCACUAUGGACUAUGGAUACCCAAUCUCAGCUUUCCAGGCUUUUGCCAUUUGCUUGAGCAGCUUUGAGACUAGAAUCGCCUGUGAAUAAUUUAUCAAGCCAUCCUUGUGGUUUCUUUUGUAAGAGUAUCUUCUUGUUUUUUUUUUUUUUUACUGUAAGAGUAAAAGUAUCUGCUACCAUUCUGUAAAUUGUGAAAACAUGGUCUGUUCACUGUUGUAUUUGAUAAUGUUGAUUUUGUUAAUUUAAGAUGCAUUAAAGUACUAAAU